AUGGUUUUUGUCCGUCCACUGCUGCAAAGGCGUCUGUUCAGCUUCGGCGCGACUCAAACCCACCGCAAUCCUCACCAGCAGUGGAGCAUAAAGCAAGUCAUAAAAUCAAACUUCGCUGACACUCUUGAGGACAUAAAAUCCCAUAUCUCCAAUUCCGAGUUUGUGGCCGUGUCCUUGCAAAAGACCGGCUUCUUCUCCGCCCCUUGGCACCGUGUUUCCCCUUUCGACACCGCCGACACGGCUUACCUCAAAGCCAAGCAUGCCGCCGAAAGGUUCCAGGUUCUUCAUUUCGCUGUUUGCCCCUUCACUGUCAGGGCUUCUAAAGUCACUGCCUACCCAUAUAAUUUUCAUUUGUUCCCAAGAGAUGAACUAAAGAUGGAAAUGCCUUCUUGCAGUUUUUAUUGUCAAACCUCCAGUUUAAGGUCUAUGGCUCGCCAAGGUUUUGACUUUAAUUCUUGGAUAAAUGAUGGUAUCUCAUACUUGUCCAGAGAGCAAGAAUCUGCUGUAAAAAAUCAGAUGUUGAAUCCAACACUUGCAAAGAAUGUGACAAAAUCCACUUCUACCCCAUCUGUUGCUGACUCUGUUUUCAUUGGAAGGAUUAAAUCACGUGUUAAAAAUUGGAAAAAAACGUAUAAAUGCACUAGCCCAAGUAAAGAUGAGGCUCUGGUGAGAUCCCUAAGAAAACUCGUUCUAGGAACUGAAGAGUAUGAUUCAAGACCAUGGAUGAAUAUAGAUGUUUGCAGUGAACACCAAGCGCAAGUUGUGGUUGAGCUGUUGCAAGAAUUUGCUGAUGUUGUUCCUCUAAUAGUUCCAGCAAAGGGUGGAGUAACACAGGCAGUUCGUGUUGUUUUAACGAGUUCAGAGGAGGAUAAAGAUCUUCUUCUGAGGAAGCUUCAAAAUGACGAACAGGAACUAACCAAAAAAGUCCGUGGCUUUCGCGAGGUGAUCGAUUUGAUUUCUGCUUCUCAGAAGCCUGUUGUCGUUUAUGGUUCCCUUAAUGAUUUAACAUUUAUUCAUUCAAAAUUCAUAGCUGGCCUACCUCCUACAGUGGAUGAGUUUAUGUGCUCCUUGCGUUUGGCUUUCCCCAUGGUAAUUGAUGUCAACCAUUUGAUGAAGGAGAUAGGUCCUCUGAGAAAAGUUACUAAUAUACCUGUAGCUAUUUCUUACUUGAAGAAUCAGUUCUUUACACCCAUUGAUAUGGUAAUUCCACGCCAAGCUAUGGAAAAUGAAGACACGAUUCAUGGGCAAAAUGUUGUGAAGAUUUGUGAAUUGUUUGCUAAGCUAUGCAGUGUACUGAAAAUCGAUCCUGCUUCUGUCCAAUCAGAUGAAGCAAAAAGGGCUUCAGCCCUCGAAGCUUAUGCAAAUAUUUUCAGUCCAUUCUCUACUGCUUCCGAAGAACCAAUAGAUGGAGACAUCAAAAUUUGGACUAACAACACAAGAACUGUGAGCUGUGAGGAUUUGGUUUUCUUGUGGGGAUUUAGGGAUAGGGUGACCGCUGGGGUGCUAAAGAGCCUGCUCCAAGAGUCUCAUGAAGCUUUCUUCGAGGAAUUUGAUGUGCGAUUAGUAGAUAACAGCUGUGCCAUCGUGGUUUUCUGGCAACGUGGGUUGUCUAAAACUUUUCUGAAUACAAUGAAUAAUUGCUCAGACAUGCGUGGACCUUUGAGGGAGAUGGUUUCAGAAGGUCUAAGAGCUGCAGGAUACGAGACUUACAGUAGAGCUUGUAGGUUAGGUAUAUGGGAGGCAACUUUAGCAGAUUCCUUAGACAAAACCUUGGCCGACUCUGACAGUGCUUCGGAAUCUGAUUCUAAAACGGAGUCUUCGGAUAGUUCUUGGUGCACUGAAUGGACAAUUAACUUGGAUGAUCUCUGA